CUGUCAUCAGAUGAGGAGCAAUAUGAAUUCGGGCAGAGCUGCGGAGGCAUUAAUUUUAUAGCAUAAUUGGGAAGAAAUCAUUAACAUUAAGUCAGAAAAUUUUAAAGAAUGGAAAAGGUGAGAUUGUGGUUGCAACUGUUAGAAAAAGUGCAAAGAUUUGUGAAAUCUUUCUUUCUUGUGACUUUUUCCAUUCAACUUGGCAUAUGUGUGAUGCCUUCUCUUAUAAACAAAAGAGCCCCAAAAAGAGAACUAAAAGAAAAUCCUAAAACUCUUCCACCCAAGUAGGCAGUCUUCAUACGGAUUCUCAUAACAUGAAGAUGGGUUGACUCAGCCACCCAAAGCUUUCCCCUUUAAAUUCCCCCCUCAACCAUUUAUUUUCUUGGCUCUUCUACACCUCUUCUUUUGCCUUUUACCCUUCCUUACUAAGAAACAACUAAAAGAUUAAACUCCUUCACCUUCAGCUACCUUCAUCUCUUCUAACAGAAAAAAUGAGGUAUCCACCAGUUUACUUCCUUAAACCAAUGAACACUUUUAUCAUAAAAGGCUUCAUGAUCUUGUUCGUGAGCUGUGUAACCAUCAAAUUGAACCUUUGUUCUCCAAACACUUCCUCAUUGAAUACACUUCCCCUCGAUGGGCAUUUCAACUUUCAUGAAGUUCACCAUGCAGCCAGAGAUUUUGGCAACAGAUAUCAGUUCCUCCCUAUGGCAGUACUACAUCCAAAAACAGUUUCUGAUAUAGCCACUACAAUUAAGCAUAUUUGGGAUAUGGGUCCUCAUUCAGAGCUCACAGUUGCAGCUAGAGGUCAUGGCCACUCGCUCCAGGGCCAGGCACAAACCCAAAGAGGAGUUGUCAUCAAUAUGGAAUCACUCGAGGGCCCUGAAAUCCAAGUUUACACUGGAAGUUCUCCAUAUGUGGAUGUCUCUGGUGGUGAGUUGUGGAUAAAUGUCCUGCAUGAAAGCUUGAAAUAUGGAUUAGCGCCAAAAUCAUGGACAGACUACCUACAUCUUACUAUUGGUGGUACUCUGUCUAAUGCUGGGAUCAGCGGGCAGGCAUUCCGGCAUGGUCCCCAGAUCAGCAAUGUCCACCAGCUGGAAGUUGUCACAGGUUUGUUAAACUAA